CGGAACAUUGCUGGGUCGGCUUCUGUGUGAAAGCAACCACGUCCCGGGAUUGAUUCCCGCAUAGAACCCGGGUCGGGGACCUAGUAACAUUGCCGAGUUCGACCCGGGACGAGCGCUGUGUGAACAAAAGCCAAAACUAAUGCCGCAACGGUUGUGACGUAGUGAUGACGUAGUUAUCGUGCGACUCCUUGAGCUUGUUUUUUCAAUAAUACAACCCUGCAGUGCCAGAAGAGCUAGUCGGUGUUUUAAACGCAGAGAGUGUUCGUAUACAAAAGAAAAUUAAAUUAAACAAACAGAAAUGUGCGCAAACUGGACACAAGUCGAGACCACGAGGCUCCUUACUAUCCGCGCUGAAGCUGAGAUCGUUCGCCAGCUCAGUGGAACGGUACGUGAUGCGGUCGUGUAUGAGCAAAUAAAAAUAAAAAUGCAACAGCGUGGUUUCUCGAGAGAGAAAGCACAGGUCAUCACUAAGCUGAAGGCUGUGAAAAAAAAAUUUCACCAAGUGCUGGAUCACAACGGAAUGAGCAACAGUGGAAGACUAGACUGGCCUUACUUCGAUUUAUGCUACAGCAUAUGGGGAACAAGCCACUCGGCUAACCCAGUAGCGUUACUGGGCAGUAUGGCGGUGUCUCCGUGUAGGAAUGAUGAACAAGAGACAACAGCAGAGGUAGCCGCUUCUUCUUGCACCGUUGUGUCCACAGUUGCGUCCAGCUCAGAGACCGUCGAGGCAAUUUCCAGGGAAAGUAAUUCAGGUGAGUUACAUAACUAUGCUAUUAUGUACCUUGCUGGACUGUUUGUUCUUUGUCUGCCAUGUAUCACAUGCUUCCUUCAGGUUACUAAACCACGUUGUUUUGUCUUUUUAGAAUCACCUCAACCACCCCCUGUGAAAAAAGCCAGAAAGCACCAGUCCAGAACAGAUUUGAUCAUGAAAGAGGUGAAGGACCUCUUUUUUGAAAUGGACCGAUACUUUGAGGAGAGGGAACGUGUCCGUUUGGCAGAGCAGAGGGAGUAUGAAAACCAGUUGAGGAGGGAGGCGAGUCAGGCAAGGGAGGAAGAGCUGGCUAAACAGAUGGCAAUGCUGCGUGAGUUACAAGACACCCAAAAUCAUUUUUUGAGUGAAAUUCUUAGCCGUAUGCCAGCUCCAGCACCCACGCCCUAUUAUGUGCCCGCUCGUCAUGCCCGUUUUCAGCAGAGCACAUCAGACAAUACAGAAAAUGGCUUAUUCAACCCGUUGCCAUCAUUGCAGCUUGAGUAGGACUGCUUCAAAACUUGUUAUUCUAUAACAAUUAUUGAAUAUUUCAUAGUACUGGAUUAGUAGCAUUUAUAUAAGUAAAAAAAAAAAUUAAAGCACAAAUUAUAUAAUAUUUAUAUUUGUGCAUAAUUAUCAAAUGGCACUCUAUUGCUUGCCAGGUACAGAUUUUUUUUAACUGUUCGAACACUUUGUAGUGUUUUUUGCAUUGUUAAUAUUGUGUUACACUUCUUUUUUCUCAUUGCAUUGUGUUUUUUUGUAAAUGUCAACACUUUUUAUGUCUUAUGUGCAUCUUAGUACACUUUAUCCUUUAUACACUUUUAUUCUUUA